AUGUUGUUUUUUGUUUAUUUAUUAAAAUGAUUAUUAAAAUGCAAUUAGCAUCGAGCAUUUAGAAAAUAUUUUUAGAAGUAAAUAUUUAUACAAUAAACUUGUAAACAAUAAGUAAUUUUGUUAAAGUAAAAUGGACGAACAUACUAUUUCUGAUACAUUACAAGAACCGGUAGAAGCUGGAUUGCAAGGUGGUGAAGAAUCUUUAAACUUGCAUGAAAAGCCCCAUUUAGAAGCUCAUACCGAAAAUUUAAAUGAAGUUAGGAAGCCUUCAUGUAAUAAAAUUCUAUUAACUCAAUUGAAUGGUACUGGAUAUUGUUUCAAUGCAAAUGAUUAUAUGACAAUAAGAAAAGAUUACAGAAUCACUGGAUCGUUUAUUGGAACAAACCAUGUAAAGGGUUAUGUUCGAAAAAGUCAAAAGCUUCCUGUAGAAUUCAACGAAUAUGAGAUGCAGCUUUUGCUUGAUGAAAAUAUAGCUAUUUUAGUAUCAAAGAAGGAAGCAUUUGAAAGAGGCGCUGAUAAAAAAACUGAAGAAGAGAUAUUGACCAAAUUGGAAGAGAGAAUUCUGGCGCAAGGAUAUGCCCUUAACGAAAAGAAAAUACAGGAAACUAUAAAAAACAUAAACCGGGUUAUGGAAGGAAAACGCAAAAAAUUAAUUCAAAGCGGAGUUCCCGCGAAAGAUAUUAAACUCUCAGAAGACCAAGUUAUUCAAGAAAUGAGAUCCAGUAUGAAAUUUGAUCGAAAUAACGCUCAACUUGAAAUUCCUAAUCAAUGUCUUUAUAAUCACGAAGCCCAAGUUGUAAGUUUUCAAGGAAAAGAUACUUUAGGUUAUGAAAUAUUUCGAGAUAUUUGGAAAAGAGGAAAUGUGUAUGUGACAUUAGGUGGAAAUUUUGGCGGAAAUUUUCUGAUAUACCCCGGGGAUCCUUUAGUUUUUCAUGCUUCGCAUGUUGUACAUGUUUUGCAAAAUCCAGUCAUUCAACCAUUACAUAUGAUAUCGAAAUGCCGAUUAACAGUAAAUGUUAAUAAAAUUUGUAUUUUGGCUUAUAAAAAUUCAGAAAAUGAUAUAAGAUAUCAAACUGUUCACUGGGAAGGAAGUAAAGAUAAAUUGAAUAUUGCAAGUUGCAAGCUAAAGAAUGAUCGGAGUUCUGAUGAAGACUCGGAUGGGUAAUGAAAAUUUUUAUAACAGAUUUUUAAAUUAUAUAUGUAUAACAACAUUUUAUUAAUAGUGACCAUAAUAUAUAUAAUUUUAGUAUUUUUAUUAAACUUGUGAUGAUUACAUUAAAUUAUCAAUAAAUUUUCAUAAUUUUUCAAAAAAUAAGUUUGUUUAGAUUUGAAAAUUCUUAAAAAUUUUUUUUUUUAAAUAAAUUUGUAACAUUAUUUUCAUGGUAGAUAAUGCACAAAGUAUACAUAUUUGCUUUUAAAUGUAGCAGCAAUACUGAAUGCAACAAGUUUUACAAGAAAAUCUUUGUAUUAUAAAAGUUUUGUUAUUUAAUAGAUUUCUUCUUGUAAGUUAUACUUUUACAUAUAUAUUUUUACAUAAUUUAUUAUAUUUUAAAAUCACAUAAAUUUUU